CACCAGGUGUCGCCGCCGAGCCCUCCCCGGGGGCGGAGCAGCGGCACUGCCGGAGCAGCAUGUGGACGCUCGGACGCCGCGCAGCCUCGGGCCUGCUUUCCCGGACGGCGUCUCCACUCGCGGCCCAGGCCUCCACCCCGGCCCCGCGCCUCCUAAGGCAGUCCGCUCCGGCCUCCAGCGGUCGAGACCUUCACGCUGGAACCUCAGCGGCCUGCGCCACCCGCCACCCGAGUUUGAACUUCCACUACCUCAACCAGAUUCUGGAUGUCAAAAAGCAAAGUGUCUGUUUGGUGCUUUUGAGGAACUCAGGAAGUUUGGACAACCCAAGCUCUCUAGAUGAGACAGCUUAUGAAAGACUAGCAGAAGAGACGCUGGACGCUCUGGCAGAGUUUUUUGAAGACCUGUCUGACAAGCCCUACACACUGGAGGACUAUGAUGUCUCCUUUGGGGGUGGUGUGCUAACCAUUAAGCUCGGUGGAGACCUAGGGACCUACGUGAUCAACAAACAGACCCCAAACAAGCAAAUCUGGUUGUCUUCUCCCUCCAGUGGUCCUAAGCGCUAUGACUGGACUGGGAAGAACUGGGUUUACUCUCACGAUGGUGUGUCACUGCAUGAGCUGUUGGCCAGGGAGCUGACUGAAGCCUUAAACACCAAAUUGGACUUGUCUUCCUUGGCCUGUUCCGGAAAAGGCACUUGACGGCCUGACCAAUUCAAAGACAUUAAAGCUGUCAGGCCAAGACCCCAGCUUC